GAUGAGCCGGGUUCUCCAGUUACCAGUGGGAUAAACAUGGCGGCUGCCGUGGUAAGGAGCAUCGGCUCCAAGCUGAGCAGGAACGUGCGGGAGGUCCGUAUCCACCUGUGCCAGAGGUCUGCGGGUAGCCAGGGGGUGAGAGAUUUUAUUGAACAGAACUAUGUGGAACUGAAGAAGGCUAAUCCGGAAUUCCCCAUACUGAUCAGAGAAUGCUCAGAGGUGCAGCCCAAACUGUGGGCGAGAUACGAUUUUGGGAAAGAAGUGUGCCUCCCACUGACUAAUCUGAAAGCUGAGCAGGUCGCCAAAGCCCUGGAGUCCGUAGUGAAUAGCAAGCCAUGAAGAGUUCUAUUUAUUCAUCACCGUUGUAGGAGAAGCCACGAGUAUUGCUGGGAGUCCUCGGUAGUAGCUGUGGACUGCGCUACUGAUCCUACAACAGAACGGACGCUGUCUGUGUAUGAAAAAUUAUUUGUUUAUUAGAAAAUUGUAAAGACUUAUUAUUCAUAUGACACCAAUAAACGUAUGUGAGAAUUA